AUUAGUGAUACAAUGGAUUCUUCCAUAGUGACCAAGAAACUUGAAGAAGAGCGAAAAAAACGUGAUGCAUUAAUUGAGAGAUUGCAUGAGGAGAAUGAGAAAUUAUUUGACAGACUCACGGAAAAAGCUUCAUUGACCAGUUCACCCCAGUAAGUGAUAUAUUGGGAAAAGGUCAAACUGUACAACCAAUCGGCUUCAAAAACUUCACUCAAGAUGGACAUGCCCAUUAUGAGUGGAAGGAAGUUGAGGAAAAAACCAAGAGGCAACUGAGAACGGCCAAAAAGCGAAAAGCAGACCGACACCCAAAAUGACCUAGAACAAGACGCCUAGCCAGUCGGCCCACAAUCAGCGGAAGAGAAGAUACAGGAAUCUAACUCUCACAAGCACUGAAUCCUCCUGUUUCUGUAGGAGUCCUCGACGUCUUUGAAGGUAGCAGCCUUAUCUUUAACGACCUUGAGGAGAUGCCUCUUCAUGGCUGGAGAGAAAGCGGCUCCCCCUGAAAAGAAUAUUGUUCCUGUUCUUCCAAAUGAUGUGACAAAGCGCACCAAAGGAAAAACAGGCGAUACUUUUGUAGAACUCCUUCCCCGAGAGCAGAGAGAUAGCCCAACUAAGAGUCUCCUCCCAAGUCCUAUUGGGCCAGGGAAAAAUUGCACCUGGUAGCCCCAAAAGAAAGCAAUACUCGAAGUAAUGCGACACACAAAAAAGAGGUGAUUGAUAGAAUCAAGCACCUUGUUGCAAAAAGGGCAGGAAGCAGCGUCAAUCCUACCAUGGGACAUGAGAAGAGACUGUGUAGGCAGCCUUCACUUGGUGAUGAGCCAAAGGUUAAGUUGGUAUCGAGGCAGGAUAGCAUUGCUCGAGAUGAACCGAUGACAGCUGACUCUCUCCUUUAUCCGCCUUAUGGUCUCCCAAGCCGAGGCAACCGAGAACACACCCGUCGAGUCCUCUAUUGUUUUCAUGGGCUGUAUUGGCUUUUCAUAUUUGGAGGCUUCUACUCCAUUGGCUAAGUUUUUUUUUAUAUUUUUGGGUGAUUAUGCAAGAUAAUCAAGUCCAUUAUCAAAAGGAACUGCAAACAUGCCAUCUCGUUUUUCCAGGACAAGUAAUGACAAUGUUGGACUUACUCUGGAUGUUGUUCCUUCGCCAUUAAGUGCUGAAAAGUCUGCCGGUUCAGUUGCUCUGGUCAAAUCAAGUUCUGGGAAAGUUAAAACUACACCAGUGGGACAAUAUUUGACUGCAGCAUUGAAUGACUUUGAUCUGGAUCAGUAUGACAUUCUUGCUGCCAUUUCUGAUGGAGCAAACAAACUCUUGAUGUUGGUUUUGGCUGCUGUCAUCAAGGCAGGUGCUUCCAGAGAGCAUGAGAUUCUUGCGGAAAUUAGAGAUGCUGUUUUCACGUUUAUUCGUAAAAUGGAACCGAAGAGAGUUAUGGAUACCAUGCUUGUCUCACGUGUCAGGAUAUUGUAUAUUCAGUCUUUGCUUGCUAGAUCACCAGAGCUGCAGUCUAUCAAGGUAGAUUAUUCGCUGGAGAAGUAUGCUGCGCUAUAUGUUAAACAAAUAGUACGACUGCAUGGUGUCCCUCUAACUAUAACAUCGAAUCGAGACCCACGAUUCACAUCAAAUUUCUGGAGGAGCCUCCAAGUUGCUUUAGGGACCACGCUCUAGUAAAGUACUGCCUUUCAUCCAAAGACUCCUAACCAACAAUGCAAUAACUUUACAUGUUCUUGUCUUUUACAUUGAUAGACUUAUAACACAAUUUUUCUUUUGAUACAGUGCUAUAGUAGUGAAUAGUAGCUAUUACACUACUGCUACGGUAGUGAUUAGUGACUACUACUAUAUUGCAAUGGCCAAUUAUACAAGCACACUUUUUUUCUUUUUGGUAAAAUAAUUAUACAAGCACACUUUUUACAACAUAGAAUCAAUAAAGACUAAUAAUUUAGCUUCA